AAAAUUUCCUGGCGCAUCAAGUUCGAGGUCAAAGGUCGAGUUUUUGAGAUUGCUAUUCUCUUUCUAAGUCGUCAAUAGUCAAUAACUUACCUAAUUAAAAGCCGCGAUGCCUGCGGUUCGUAAUGGAAAUCGUGCGCCUCAAAAGCAGCAAUCACACAAGGAAAAUGCAAAGUCUCUAAAGAGAAAACGGGACCAAGAAGAUGUCCAAAAACUACAACACGCGGUAGACGAGUUUGAUCCAAAGUCUGACGAUACCUCCAAGUUUUCAACACUCCCCCUCUCAAAACCUACUGCUUCUGGCCUCGAAGCGUCACACUUCCAAAAUUUAACCGACGUCCAAGCCCGAGCGAUUCCCCUCGGUUUAAAGGGUCGCGAUAUUCUCGGCGCUGCGAAAACCGGCUCCGGAAAGACGCUUGCUUUCCUCGUUCCCGUCCUCGAGAAGCUCUACCGCGCCCAAUGGACCGAAUAUGACGGAUUAGGGGCGUUGAUCAUCUCGCCUACGCGCGAGCUUGCCGUGCAGAUUUUUGAGGUGCUGCGUAAGAUUGGGAGAUAUCAUAGCUUCUCCGCUGGUCUAGUCAUCGGGGGCAAGAGUCUACGCGAAGAGGCCGAACGGUUGGGAAGGAUGAAUAUUUUAGUUUGUACACCUGGUCGUAUGUUACAACAUCUAGAUCAGACGGCCGGAUUCGACGUCAACAAUCUACAGAUAUUAGUCCUAGAUGAGGCCGACCGUAUAAUGGAUAUGGGAUUCCAAUCAGCCGUGGAUGCCCUCGUAGAACAUCUCCCCAAAUCGCGGCAGACAAUGUUGUUCAGUGCUACCCAGAGCAAAAAGGUCUCGGAUUUAGCAAGACUAAGCUUGAAGGAUCCCGAAUACGUAGCUGUCCACGAAGCUGCUGCUGCCGCGACCCCUACGACGCUAACGCAGCACUACAUUGUCACGCCUCUAGCAGAGAAGAUGGAAACUCUGUACGGAUUCAUAAAAGCUAACCUCAAGAGCAAGAUGAUCGUAUUCCUGUCGUCGGGCAAGCAAGUCCGUUUUGUAUACGAGAGCUUUCGCCAUCUACAGCCUGGUAUCCCGCUUCUUCAUUUACACGGCAGGCAGAAGCAGCUAGCGCGGCUGGAGAUUACAUCGAGAUUUGCCGCGGCUAAAUAUUCCUGCCUCUUUGCUACGGACGUGGUUGCGCGUGGUGUGGACUUCCCUGCCGUGGAUUGGGUAGUACAGAUGGACUGUCCUGAGGAUACCGAUACCUACAUUCACCGUGUCGGCCGAACUGCACGUUACGAGAGAGACGGGAAGGCUGUACUAUUCUUGGAUCCAAGCGAGGAGGAAGGCAUGGUUAAGCGAUUAGAGCAAAGGAAAGUACCCAUACAGAAGGUCAAUGUGCGGGAGAAGAAAAAACAGAGCAUCAAGAACCAGAUUCAGGAUAUGUGCUUCAAAAAUCCGGACCUGAAGUACUUGGGACAAAAGGCCUUCAUCAGUUAUACCCGCUCGGUCCACCUACAGAAGGACAAGGAAAUCUUCGACCUAAAGAAAUUGGAUUUGGAUGCGUAUGCCGCUAGCUUGGGGCUUCCUGGUGCACCGCAAAUCAGGUUCCAAAAGGGUGAGGAUGUGAAAAAGCUGAAGAAUGCCCCUCGCGCUAUCUUAUCCAGCGACUCCGAAUCCGAAGUCGACGAAGAAAAGAAGAAGCGAAAGAAGGGCGAGGUCCGGACGAAGUACGACCGCAUGUUUGAGAGGACGAACCAAGACGUGUUGACGAGUCACUAUAACAAGAUGAUUGGUGACGAGGGGCAAGCAGCGAACGAUGACGAUGACGACGAUCAAGACUUCCUUUCCGUAAAGCGAGUACUGGAAGGGGAUGACUUUAACGAUGCCGAGGGGAGCAAUGGACUGGCACCUGGAAAGAAGAUUAUAGCAGGCCUUGGCGGCGAGGAGCCGUUCGUGGUGGAUUCUAAGCGAAGGGAAAAGAUGCUGAAGUCUAAGAAAAAGAUGCUCAAAUUCAAAGGCAAGGGAGACAAGGUGGUAUUCGACGAUGAGGGGAUUGCGCAUCAUCCGUAUAGAAUCAAAGGCGAAGAAGACUUCAUACAGGAGGGAUCCGCGGAGGCUCAGCGGCAAAAGUUUGUCGAAAGCGAAGCGGUUAAGGUCAAGGAAGCAGAUGUUAGCGAUAAGCAGCUCGCGAAAGAAAGACGACGAGAGAAGAAAGAAAAGCGGAAAGCUCGGGAAGCAAUGGAGAACGACGAGGCGAUGGGUAGCAUGCCCAGACUUUCAGGUGCUAACGAUGACGAAGAUCCUCUCGCUCUGAUGGCGUCUCUACCAAUGGCAGGAGAAGGAGAAAGAAGUGAUAGCGAAGCAUCCGAAGAGAAGCGACCGAAGAAGAAGGCGAAGAAGUGGUUUCAAGACGAUUCGGAAGACGAGAGGAAGAAGACCAAGAGUAAAAAGGGUAAAGGUAAAGUUAUCGAAGUUGGCGAAGCACCAGAUACCCUGGAGGACUACGAGGCGUUGGCUGCUGGACUGCUCGAGGAUUGAAAGAGUUGGGGGCGUUGAUAAAUAUACCUACCUAACCUACCUAUAUACCUCUAUAGCUGUUGAUUUACUUGAUAUUUCCGUAGGUAAUCGUGUUAACCAAGACCUACCUUUCUUAAUCUUGCAAAGUUGUUGUUUUUUU